AUGGCUUCCGGUCCGCUCUGUCGCUUCGUCCGACGAGUGUGGCGCGCAGAGAUUGGUCGGAGCGCUGUGCCGGCCGCGGCUAGCACAAGAAGGCGCAUUGAAAUCGGGUUAGCUAACUUCGAGCCCUGCGGCCGCCAUCCCGUUGCCCCACACGCCGAGAACACUCGCCGCCCCUCUGAGGUUAAGGAAAAGGCAAAAAAACAGGGGCGCGGUGCGCUCUGGAGAGGGUUUGCCUGCGAUGAGGUAAAUGCCUUCGCAGUAUUGCGUUGGCAAAUGCAAAGCACAC